AUGCCCUUGUUAAGACAGACGCAUUGCCCGUCGACUUCAACCCAGCCAAUGCGGGCAAAGUCAUCAAGCGAGCGCCAUAUUAACGCACGCCUCCACUCCACUCACCCUGCACAAAAUUAUUAUUACGUGAAUAAACGCGAAAUACCCGCGUUGCGGGACACAGCGAGCAGGUUGUGA